GUAUCAUGGUUCUAUCUGUGGGAGCUCUUAGGGUUACGGAAACGUUGGACACGUGUCGAUUUAGCUGUGUUGCCUUUGCUACAGAGAUUCAUCUGAACUCUUUGCGAAAGUCCUAAGAUUGCUCACCACUGCUCUAUAGGGACCGUGACGACUAUCGUUUGCCGUUUUCUGCCAUGUCAAAGCCCGUCAAAGUUUCCAAACCUGGAACGAUAACUUUUUACCAGUUGGACAAUAACAAAGUAUUUGACACUCAAAAACUAAUGCAAGGGCUCGAAGAAAACUCACCUGGUAUUUGUCGUUAGCAAGUUAGAUAGCUAGCUAGCUGGCUGGCUACAUUUUAGCAGGUUAUCUACUAGUUUAAACUAGCUAUUUUUUCCCCAAACACUUCCUCGGUCAUUUGUUCAAGAAAGUUCGCGCCUUUGAUCCGGUAAAGGAGUGGCUCGUGAGUUGAGAUGAUUUUGAGAAAAAUAACUGCGAGAUCAUGCAGAACUUGGCUGUCUCGGGUUGUGUCUGCAUCCAGCCAGGAGCGAUGCUUCUCCUCCUCGGUGCCCGCCCAGCCGGUGCCCCCGCUGGCCCAGACUCUGCAGGGGUACCUCCGAGCCCUGGAGCCCUUGAUACCUGAAGAAGAGCUGGUCCACACCCGCAAGAAUAUCCAAAAGUUUUGCGGAGAGGGGGGACUCGGUCCGCAACUUCAAGAGGGACUGGAGAGACGAGCUAGACACUCAAACAAUUGGUUAUCUGACUGGUGGGUGCAGUGGGCAUACCUGGAGAGCAGACAGCCCCUGCCCGUGCAUUCUAACCCGGCCAUCUCCCUGCCCAAGCGGGACUUCUCAGACUGGAGGGGCCAGCUUGUGUUUGCGUCCAAGCUGAUUGCUGCAGCACUCGAUUUCAAAAAUGUAGUAGACAAUGGCCGUCUGCCAGUGGAGUACAUGCGGGGCCAGCCACUCUGUAUGGAGCUCUUUCCCCUCCUCUUCUCAUCCUGUCGGAUCCCAGGCCGCAAACACGACACUAUCACCCAUCACAGCCGUGCCCGCCACAUCACAGUGGUGAGGAACUACCAGUUCUUUCAGAUGGACGUGUACAACAGUGAUGGCUCUCGGAUGACAGAGAGCCAGAUCCACGCCCAGCUCCUGCGAAUCAGGGCUGAGUCGUGGAAGACGGACAAGGAGCCCAUGGGCAUCCUGACCAGCGAGCACCGCCAGACCUGGGGCCAGGCCUACAGCCGCCUGCUCAAAGAUAAAUUGAACAAGGAGUCAGUGCAAGCGAUUGAGAAGGGACUUUUCACCUUGUGUCUGGACUCUCCAGUCAUGAGGGUGUCAGAUGAUAAGUACUCCAGUCGCAUGGCAGCUCAAAUCCUGCACGGUGGCGGGACACACUCGAACAGCGGCAAUCGUUGGUUUGACAAAACACUGCAGUUUGUGGUGGGUGAGGAUGGCUCAUGGGGGCUUCUGUAUGAGCAGGCCACGGCUGAAGGUCCACCAAUAGCUACUCUUCUGGAUCACAUUCUACAAUACUGUAAGAAACCGGACCCAAAGAAAACCCCUUUGAUCCCACUUCGGAUGCCCAAGAAGCUUUACUUCAACAUUGACCGUGAGAUUAAGAGAGAUAUCGAGCAUGCCAAGCAAAACCUUGAUAUACUGAUCAAUGACCUGGAUAUCCGCUGCUUCAACUUCCAGAGGUUUGGGAAGGAGUUUCCCAAACAGCACAACCUGAGUCCCAACUCCUUCAUCCAGGUGGCACUGCAGCUGGCCUACUACAAAGUUCACAAUGAGGUCUGUGCCUGCUGUGACAUUGCCUCCCAGAGGAUGUUUCGAGGGGGGCGCACAGACUACAUCCGCUCUCCCACCAAUCAAAUGCUCAAGUUUGUGCUUACCUUUGAUGACCCCUCUAUCUCGAGAGAAGUAAAGGUGGAAUUACUCAGAGAGGCCAUAGAGACCUACGUCGCUCUUACUGAUCAGGCGCUCAAAGGACAAGCCAUCGACCGCCACCUGCUGGGCUUGAAGCUUCAGGCCAUCGAAGAGGGACUGAGCGUGCCCAGACUGUUCAUGGACACUGCUUAUGGGCUGGCCACCCACUGGAAACUCAGGACAGGACAGGUGCCUGCAAACACGGACAGUGUGAUGUGUUUCGGACCUCUCGUUCCCGACGGAUACGCUGUGUGCUACAACCCCCAGUCUGACCAUGUCCACUUCUCCAUAACAGCCUUCAACUGCUGUGAGGAAACCCACGCUGAGACACUGGCCGCCACACUGCACAGCACCCUCUGCCAGCUCCAGGAGCUACUGCAGCCUACUGAAUAGUGUUGGGCUGUCUGACACCAGGAGUGUGUGUAUUCAUUAGGCAACAAAUAUAAGAAAACUGACAAACAGGGAGGGAUUACUAGGUCUUGUCCAAUAAGAAACGCUCAUGUUUGUUUUCAGUUGCUAAACACUUUUUUCAGUUGUGUGCCCUAAUGAAUAGGAUCCAGGACUGAUAUGAAAAACAUCAGAGUCUGAGGUGCUAAUGCUUUGAUAAAAGGAAUAUGUGGCCUUUGUUCAAAGUGCUAGCAUUAGCUUAAUUUGCUGCUAGGUUUAAGUUACUGUUUGUACUCCAGGGCAAUUGAAUACUAUUGUUAGAACAGUUUUGUGUCCCUACUUUUUAAGGGGAAUCUAAAGCCAUAGCAGACUACUUUAUAAGCUAAGUUUGUCUGGCUAGAGGUUUGUAAUGCUUUAUUGACAGGCCAGGAGAUUGAUUUUACUGUAUGUUAUCUAAUAUCAUCUGUGUUUUAUAUGCAAUUUGGCAUUUUGUUUGCUGCAGUGCUUUGGCAGUCAAUGAGUGUCAGUCAACCGUCCAAUCUGUCCAUUACUUUUUCAUUUCGUGGGCAGAUUCUUGAAAAAGGACUAAAUGUUAACAAACCAUGCCUAUCUGCAUGAAGCGUAAACUUUAGCUGGCACUCUGAGUAUUGUUGUUGAGCUCCCCCUGCUUGCACCACUGGAUGCACAUCAGUUCUGUGUUUCUCCCUGUGCUUUUGUAAUGCAAUUCCUUUUAUUAACAUUGAAAUUAAUGUAAUUCUGUUAUUUUGUUCAGCAGAGCUCUAUUCUUUAUGCCCCAGCUUUUCCAGUUUUGUUAGUAAACUCGGCCCUAAUUUAUGUGCUCUCUGUCACCUGACGCUGCAUGGCAAAUUGUCCAGGGACACAAGGAAAGCACAAAGGACAAUAACCAAGGACUAGUCAGCCCUUCCCCCUCUGAGGGGACAAAAGGUAAAUCUCUGUUGCAGUGUUCAGAGGACUGACUAUUGAAUGUGUGAUAGAUACCAAACAUGGAUACUAUAGUGUUAUUCUAUUUGAAACUUGUUCACUGAGGAUAACUGAUACUAUCUAUACUGAACAAAACUAUAAAUGCAACAUGUAAAGUGUUGGUCCCAUGAGCUGAAAUAAAAGAUCACAGACA